AUGUCUUUCACCUUUGGCACGCCGCCGGCCAGUAGCUCUGCUGGUCAGGCCAAUAGUACCACGACUUCGACAGCACCUGCUUCCGGAGGUCUUUUCGGUUCAUCGUCGACUCCCACAGCUGCUCCUACCACUACUAGUCUGUUCGGCCAAGCCACAGGUACCCCGACCUUCUCCUUUGGCAACGCAAACAAGACUUCUACGACACCUGCAACUGGUGGAGGUGGUUUAUUUGGAAACACAGCGUCAAAGCCCGCUGAGCAGAAACCACUCUUUGGCGGCAUGACUCCAGCUGCCCCUGCUUCAAACACACCUGCCACAGCAGCACCCGCAGCAAACAGCGGUGGCGGUUUGUUUGGUGGUGGAAGUGGCACUCAGCCUGCCUCAGCCGGUGGUUUGUUUGGAGGCGCAAGCACACAACCUGCCUCCACUGGUGGCAUGUUUGGAAGCAAGCCUGCGGCUGGUGCUGCUUCGACCACUCCAGCAGCUGGAGCCGCAUCAACAACCACAAACGCAGGUGGACUGUUUGGCGGCAAGGCACCAGAGACCGCUACCUCCAGCUCACAACCCGGUGGUCUUUUUGGUUCUGCUGCUUCCAAGCCGGGUACGACUACUUCACUAUUUGGAGGAGCCAAUGCAUCUACACCCGCUGCACCAUCUACAACAACAGCCACCUCUUCUGCACCCUCCUUGUUCGGUGCCGCCAAUCCCUCUAGCACUGCUCCAGCCGCAACGCCUGCAAAGCCUAUGUUUGGCGCAUUAAACUCUACAACUCCGGCCGGAGCCCCUCCAAUGGAUGCUCAAAAGAAGGACGAGGCAAAGCCUGGUGGUGCUGCUGGCUUGUUUGGAGGUCUAGCACCCAAGGCCACAGCCACCUCGGGCUCCCUGUUUGGUGCAAAGCCAGCUACAACAGAAUCUUCCACUCCAGCAGCAUCGGCGGCUCCGACCUCUUUAUUUGCCCAGCCAGCAGCUUCUUCGGCAGAUGCUGCAAAGACUGCCACUACCACUACUGCCGCAGCCACCCCAAGCUUAUUUGGCAACGCUGCCAGCGGAAGCUCUUCGACUCCUACCACUGGUGCUCCUGCAGGUGGGCUCUUUGGUAACAAGACUGCAACGGCACCGGCCACAUCAGAAGCAGCAAAGCCUGCUGCUAGCCUCUUUGGUGCUGCACCAUCCGCGAACGCUGCCGCACCUGCAGCAACUACAGCUACAGAGAAACCCUCAAUGUUUGGCGCCGCCAAGCCUGCCACCGCCCCAGCUACCACAGCGUCCUCUUCCACGCCAAUUGCAGCAACAGCUACGGCUACUGCGACUGGCGCCGCGACACCCGCUGCCAGCACUCUUGGAGGCGUCAAGCCUGCGACGACUGCUUCUGCCUUGGGCGCUUCAACUGCCGGGCCUACAUCACAGUUGGCACGCCUAAAGAACAAGACCAUGGAUGAGAUCAUUACCCGCUGGGCUACGGAUCUUUCCAAGUAUCAGAAGGAGUUCAAAGAGCAAGCUGCUCAGGUGGCAGCUUGGGACCGACUGCUUGUGGAAAACGGAGCCAAGAUUCAGGAGCUCUACCUAAACACAUUCGAAGCUGAGAAGGCUUCCAGAGACGUCGAGCGUGUCCUUGCAGGCCUUGAGAGCCAGCAAGAUGAACUCGAGCUCCACCUCGACAACUAUGAGCGUGAAGUCGAUCAGUUAUUCUCUCGAGACAUCGGUCAUCCUGACUCCUUGACUGGCCCCGACCAGGAACGUGAGAAGACUUACAAGCUCGCAGAGAAACUCACAGACCGCCUAGACGAGAUGGGCAGAGAUCUGUCCAAGAUGAUCAAGGAAAUCAAUGAUAUCUCGGGCUCUGUCAGCAAGAGUAACAAGCCCGAUGAUCCUCUGACCCAGAUCGUGCGUGUCCUCAACAGCCACUUGACACAGCUCCAGUGGAUCGACACAAAUGCCGCGGCUCUGCAGGCCAAGGUCAAUGCAGCUCAAAAGGCCGGAGCAGGAAUGGGCAGUCAGUAUGGUGGCUCGGAGCAAGAUGCUGCCGAGAGCUUCUAUCGCUCUUACAUGGGCGGUAGAAGAUAG